GCAGAGCUACUUGCCCGGCUCGGCCCACGUGACUUAACGCUGCCAGCUCCCGGUGUGUUCCAGGCGGGUGUCGCCGCCGCUGCAUGAAGGUUUUGUUGAACCCGGAUUCGGAGCACGAACAAGGAGGGCGGGGAGACGUUUUAGGGUAGCCGCUGAGGCAGCGCAAGCCGCCAUGUCAACCGAGACUGACGCAGAGAAACCGAAGUCAUUCAAGCUCCUGGGAAUCUUGGAUGUGCAGAACAUUCCAUGUGCUCGCGACUCUGUCCUGUAUGGAUCAGCUGGUGCUGUAGUAGCUGGACUUGGCCACUUCCUAGCAACAAGCAGAGUAAAGCGGUCAUUUGACUUCAGUGUGGGGAGCUUUCUACUUACAACUUUGGGAACUUGGAUGUUCUGCAGGUAUCAGAAUGCAAAACUCAGAAUCCAGCAGCGAAUGGUGCAGGAAGGUGUGAAAAACAAGGUUGCAUUUGAAGGGACCAAAAUGGAUCCAACCAGAAAAUCAGAUAGAAGCAACAAAGACAGCCAAGGAGAAAAUUCAUAGACCUUUGGCCCUGAGAGCAACAUAGCUUGUGGCCAGAAAGAUGAAUUCUUGCAAGUUCACAGAAUCUUAUUUCAUAUGUUGGGUUAUUGUUCCAGCCUGCUGGUUUAAGAAAGCCAAGUCUUUUUUCAUAAUUGGGUGUCUAAUGUAGAAGAGACAUGGUCCAAUAUAAGGAGCACCACUGAGAUAGUGUGCAGCUCAUCCAAAGUCAAUGAUGUAGAAUCUUGUACAAGGGCUUAGAAAUACAAUGGUUUGAAAUUAAAGGCCUUUAAGAGAAA